AUGUACCCGAUAUGUUUCUGCAGAAAGAUUCGGCAUCAUCACAAUGAAGAAUGCAGAAGGAGAGAUCAAAGUUUCUUACAUUUGAAGACUUUAAGGAAGUUGCUUGACUAUCUUGUUAGGUAUGAUGCUGUGAGUUUUCUCAAGUUCUUGGAUGCACUCAGGAGGAUUUUAGAAGAGACGCAAGAGGAAAGAGAGAAGCAGACGCUUUCUGAGGGUGACAUGAGUGAAAACAAUGGAAUAGUUCUUGUGGCUUGCAAAGAUGAACGUUCCUGCAUGCAGCUUGAAGAUUGCAUCACAAACAAACAAUCCACAAAAGAUGAGGAUGAUGCGAAAGGUGAGAUGACUCUUGCAAGCAUGGAAGAAGUUGUAAACAGGGAAGAAGAUUCAGAUGAGAUUACUGAUUAUCAGAAGGUUGCACUUGCUUAUGUACCUGAUCGUGCAUCUAAGAUGAUUGCAAGAUUCAAUUUCGAGGGCGCCUUCUUUUUGGCCCCAAAUGCACAACAAGUGUCUUUGGCACCAUGGAUCUGCAACCAUAUCGAUAAACCCCUGGCGGAAAUUUCUCUGACCGUGCUUGUGUUGCUAUCUCUUUUUCACCAACUUGUAGCUCAAAUCCACAUCGACAUAGACAAGGGUCUGGUCAGACUAAUUUAUAUGCGACAUGUUGUGGAGCUAAUCAAAGGAGAGCCGAUGAUGUUCAAGUCCAUUCAAAUGUGUUAG